CCUCUUGACAGAAGGUGGACUGUGUAGAGGAACAGGAAACACACCCAGGUUUCAGAAAUGUCCACCUCCAGCACUGUCCUGUCUGAAGAGCAGUUCCUGUGCUCUAUCUGUCUGGAUGUGUUCACUGAUCCAGUCUCUAUUCCAUGUGGACACAACUUCUGCAAGGUCUGUAUCAGUGAAUACUGGAACACCACUGCCCUGUGCCAGUGUCCACUGUGUAAGGACACAUUCAACAGAAGACCGGACCUAAAAACCAACACAACACUCAGAGAAGUUGCAGAUCAUUUUAAGAGGAUGAAGGUCAGAGACAGAGAGGAGUCCUCUUCCAAGCCUGGAGAAGUAGCACAAGUGCAGCAGAUGAUCCAGGACCGACUGCUGAAGGUUAAAGAGAUCAAACUCUCAGUAGAGCUCAGCCAGAGAGAUGCAGAGAGAGAGAUAGCAGGAAGUGUGGAGGUCUUCACUGCUCUGGUGCGCUCCAUUGAGAGAAGUCAGGGUGAGGUUAUUGAGGAGGUUGAGGAGAAGCAGAAAGCAGCUGAGAGGCAGGCUGAAGGGCUCAUUGAAGAACUGGAGCAGGAAAUCACUGAGCUGCUGAGGAGAGGCACUGAGCUGGACCACGUCCACCAGAACUCUGCAUCCCCAAUCAAGGACUGGUCUGAGAUCAGUGUUCACAGGGAUCUGCAUGUAGGAACUGUGAGGAGAGCUCUUUCUCAGCUGGAGGAGAUGCUUCAGAAAGAGAUGGAGAAGUCGUGUAAUGCUGAGCUGAAGAUGAUACGGCAGUGGUCAGUGGAUGUGACUCUGGAUCCUGAUACAGCACAUCCCAAGCUCAUUGUUUCUAAGGACAGGAAACAAGUGAGCUAUGGAGACAUACGGCAGAAUAUCCCUGACAACCCAAAGCGGUUUGGACGUUAUCUAUCGGUCCUGGGAAAGAAGGGCUUCUCCUCAGGAAGAUUCUACUUUGAGGUUCAGGUGAGAGGGAAGAUUGAGUGGCAGGUAGGCGUGGCCAGAGAGUCCAUCAUCAGGAAGGGCCUAACAACAGUUAAAAGCCCAGAUGGUGGACUCUGGGCUCUGUAUAUGAAGGGUGAGAAUAAGUAUGAGAUCAAGGACACACCCCCUAUCCCCCUCUUCCUGAGUCAGAAACCCCAGAAGGUGGGGGUGUUUGUGGAUUACGAGGAGGGUCAGAUCUCCUUUUAUGAUGUAGAAAACAUGUCUCAUAUCUACUCUUUCACUGGUUGUACCUUCACUGAGAAACUAUAUCCAUUCUUUAACCCCUGUGAUAAUUCUGAGGGUCCAAACUCAGCCCCAUUGGUCAUCUCUCCUGUCAAUCACACUGACUGAAUUGAUGUCCAAUAAGGCAACAGAUGACUUAAUCUGAUGGAGCAAAUAACAAUUAGACUAACACAUCCAAUUGUAAAGAGUGUUGUUAAUAAUAAUGGGGCACGUUCCAGAGGGUCUGCCGUGCAAUCACAAACCACAUUUCACAACACCUGGACAGGUGUUUAACAACAUUUUCCCACCAAAGUACGUUCAUCUCUAGGAGACGCGUCUCCUUCCUGAGCAUUAUGGCGGCUGUGUGGUCCCAUGGUGUUUGUACUUGCUUAUUAUUGUUUGUACAGAUGAACGUGGGACCUUCAGGCAUUUGGAAAUAGCUCCCAAGGAUGAACCAGACUUGUGGAGGUCUACAAUUAUUUUUCUGAGGUCUUGGCUGAUUUAUUUUGAUUUUCCCAUGAUGUCAAGCAAAGAGGCACUGAGUUCGAAGGUAGGCCUUGAAAUACAUCCACAGGUAAACCUCCAAUUGACUCAAAUGAUGUCAAUUAGCCUAUCAGAAGCUUCUAAAGCCAUGACAUAAUUUUCUGGAAUUUUCCAAGCCGUUUAAAGGCACAGUCAACUUAGUGUAUGUAAACUUCUGGCACACUGGAAUUGUGACACAGUGAAUUUUAAGUGAAAAAAAACUAAACAAUCGUUGCAAAAAUUACUUGGGUCAUGCACAAGUAGAUGUCCUAACCGACUUGCCAAAACUAUAGUUUGUUAACAAGAAAUGUAUGGAAUGGUUGAAAAACAAGUAUUUUUUUCUUCUCAACCUUUCGGUUACUAGUCCAACGCUAAAAAUAAAAUAAAAAAAGGCCCCAGAGUCUGCCACACCACUAACCAAGGGGCACCACCAAGCAAGGGGCACCAUGAAGACCAAGGAGCUCUCCACAGGUCAGGGACAAAGUUGUGGAGAAGUACAGAUCAGGGUUGGGUUAUAAAAAAAUAUCUGAAACUUUGAACAUCCCACGGAGCACCAUUAAAUCCAUUAUUUAAAAAAAAUGGAAAGAAUAUGGCACCACAACAAACCUGGCAAGAGAGGGCCGGCCACCAAAACUCUCAUUAUAGAGGCAAGAAAGAGAGCAAAGAUAACCCUGAAGGAGCUGCAAAGCUCCACAGCGGAGAUUGGAGUAUCUGUCCAUAGGACCACUUUAAGCCGUACACCGCACAAAGCUGGGCUUUACAGAAGAGUGGCCAGAAAAAAAGCCAUUGCUUAAAGAAAAAAAUAAGUUAACACAUUUGGUGUUCGCCAACAGGCAUAUGGGAGACUCCCCAAACCUAUGGAAGAAGGUACCCUGGUCAGAUGACACUAAAAUUGAGCUUUUUGGCCAUCCCAUCACCCCGAGAACACCAUCCCUGGGAUGUUUUUCCAUCGGCAGGGACUGGGAAACUGGUCAGAAUUGAAGGAUGGCGCUAAAUACAGGCAUAUUCUUGAGGGAAACCUGUUUCAGUCUUCCAGAGAGUUGUAACUGGGAUGGAGGUUCACCUUCCAGCAGGACAAUGACCCAAAGCAUAGUGCUAAAGCAAGUGGUUUAAGGGGAAACAUUUAAAUGUCUUGGAAUGGCCUAGUCAAAGCCCAGACCUCAAUCCAAUUGAGAAACUGUCAUAUGACUUAAAGAUUGCUGUACACCAGCGGAAGCCAUCCAACUUGAAGGAGCUGAAGCAGUUUUGCCUUGAAUAAUGGGCAACAUCCCAGUGGCUAGAUAUGCCAAGCUUAUAGAGACAUACCCCAAGAGACUUGCAGCUGUAAUUGCUGCAAAAGGUGGCUCUACAAAGUAUUGACUUUGAGGGGGUGAAAACUUAAGUGCAUAACUACUCUGUUUUUUUGUUUGUUUCUGAUAGAGGAAUUCUAAAUUCCUUUAUGUUUUAUUGCCAAAACCAAUUCGCACUCAUUUCUAAUUCAUUAAUGAAUUGUAAGUUCAUUAAUUAUGCAUGAAGUAGAUUGAGACCAGUCUUAAAAGCCAGGUAAGAGCGUUUAAUUCCAGAGAGUACUAACUCAAAUACAUUUUUCCACAGGUUAUAAACUGAACAUGACAUCAUCAGUUUCCCACCCUCUCUCCGAUUCUCACAAGAGCCCAUUGUUUUGUUUUAGGUCUGGAACAUCUCCCAGACAUUUCUUAUCUGUCUGAAUAACCAUAGCAUCGCCUCCCCUUUAACCUCCCAAGAGGCACAGACAAUUAAUUCGUUCUGCUUACAUUUUCAGUAACAGCUUAACCAAUAACUUUUACUUUUCAUACCAUAACAUAAUAGUAUUAGAAUAAAUGGUUCUAAUCAAUAAUGUAUACAUAAUUAAUCAUCUCAACCACAAUUUCCUCUAACAGUUUCACAAGAAAAUAUAUUUUGCAUCUUCAAAGUGGUAGACAUGUUGUGUAAAUCAAAUGAUACAACCCCCCCCCCACCAAAAAAAACUACUUUAAUUCCAGGUUGUAAGGCAACAAAAUAGAAAAAAUGCCAAGGGGGGAUGAAUACUUUCGCAAGCCACCGUAAACCCACACAGCGUCUGAGAAAGCAAUGACCAAUGAGUGACUUAUUAACGGUCUGACAAACAUGGUUGAACCUUUGUCUGCAAUAAAAUGACUGAGACGAUCUCUCUGCUAAGGCAAAGACACUGUAUAUUAUGAGGAGAUGGUCUCCGCCCUAACAAUUGGAGUCGUCCCAAAGGUGGGAAGGCUGGCGGUCUGCUUAUCACUAUAACCCGCAUGGACAGAUUCACGGGAUUGGACCCUCUCGCUUCACCUCUUCCUCUCUGGCUAAGGUUUCUGUUUCAGAAACACUUCCUGUCUAGAGUUCAAGGGUAGGGGGUCAUCAAAACUGGUUGUCCUUAGCUUUGAAAAAACAUACCAUAUUACAGAGUAAUUUCUUAAUUCAAAAUCAUAAUGGUUUAUUAUUUAUUCAUAAUCUAUUUUCAGAUUCAUAUUCAAAAGAUAUGCAGUAGAGGGGAAUGAGAAAGCGUGGGAGAUUAGGACCACAGAUCUAGGCUAGUCUUCACAUCUAGUCUUCAGUGUUACAGUGUAAAGCCUCUGAUCUAGGCUAGUCUUCAGAUCUAGUCUUCAGCGUUACAGUGUAAAGCCUCUGAUCUAGGCCAGUCUUCAGAGUGGCAUACUGGUAUUAGUGCUGAGUCCUAUAAACCAACCCCACAUGUGAUCUAGUACUACUCUGUCAGCAGGCAAGACUGGGGUAGGCCUAUAGAUCACCCACAGAUGACAAAAGCACAAUUCUGAUUCUCCCAUUACUAUGGAGCGAUAUUAGUGCAGCAGUGUGUGCUCGGGCUUUGAUCCUUGAGGAGUGAACGAGUGCACACUUGUCAUAAAUUAGGCUUAUGAUUAAUAUGCUGUGAAUAAAACACAGCAAACUCCUUGGGGUUAGGGUGAUUAUAUAUCACAGGGAGGGGAAUCAGUAGCCGUGUCCAAAUAUCCAUACUUGCGUCCUAAAUUGUAGGCCGUUUGAGUAUGCGAGAAAAUAGUUUAAUAGUGUGAGAUUUCGGAAAUCUAGUAUACUUUAAAUGCCCGGAAGUCAUACUCAUUUAGACUAGGACAACAGCUGAUCAAUUAGACAUGGUAUGCGUUCUCAGUAUGCGAAAAUAUUCCGUUUUAUAGUAUGUGAAUUUGAUCAAAUAAAGUAUGCUUUAUGCCAGAAUGUUAUAGUGAUUUCGGCUUUUCAUCUGGUAGAAUUCGCUGCACACUUUACAGGAAUUUCGCAGCCAAUGCCUUAGUUUUUAUAUUUAAAUCUCUUCAAGUAAACAACAAAACAACCUAGAAGAUGGCGAAUAGCUCAGCUUCUGCAGUGGAGUCCAAAUGUAAGUAGUUUUUGUUCUCCUUAAAAUGAUCAUGACCAUUUGUUAAGGGAAUGUUUAUCUGUAAUGACUAAUUAUGUAUACAUUUCAAUCAGGAUGUACUAAUCAGAAUACUAUUAUGUUACUGUAUAUGUACUAAUCAGAAUACUAAAUGUUACUGUAUAUGUAUGAAUUUUCUUAUCUGAUCCCAGUACUGAAAAUAAUGUGUGUGAAUGUGGUCAAGAGUUUAGAAACAAUGAUGGUCUGUUCCUUGGUACAAAUGAAUCAGACUGGCUAGAAUGCUUAUAUACACAAGAAAACCUUGACUCGUAAAUUAUAUUAAAUUGGUAGGGAGACGGAUGUGGGAAGGCUUGAGACACAGCCUUGGUACUGGAACGGAGAUGGCACGGGGUAGUGUUAGAACUAAUGACGUCAUUUUCAGUUUAUAACCUGUGGUAACCUGUAUUGUGGCAGUACUCUCUUGAAUAAAGGCUGUUACUUGACUUUUAA